CACAUGUAAUAAAAUUAAUUUUUUUUAAAUGGAACCAAAAUUUAAAGUUUAGAUCUACCUACAAGAACACAAUGAGAGAGAGAUCGAGAGAGAGAGGGCGAGGUUGGGAGAGAAGGGUCGACAGCAGAACACGAGGACAGCGGACAACACAGCGGUAUGAGGGUAUCCAGAUGCAGAGCAAGGAUCGGCCAAUGCAGUUUUAUGGGGGUUUUGAGAAGAAAGUAUACAAUCAAGCAACUCCAUUCUUCUUCACAAACUUUCCAGAAGACUGGACUUUUGAACAGAUGUGGAGAACUUUCAACAGGUUGGACAGGGGUAGGGUGAUCGAGAUUGAAUGCCCAAAGAAGAGGGAUCGGCUGGGAAGGAGAUUUGGGUUUGUUAGAUUCUUGGAGGUUAAAGAUACUGGUGAGCUGGAAAGAAAGUUGAAUCAGAUUCAAAUUGCAGGAAUCAAACUUCAAGCCAACAAACCACGGUUUGGUAAAACAUGGCAUGAAAAACAGCACCACUGGAACACAGAAAAUAUAAGGAGAGGGAUGGUUAAAGAUGAUGCUGAAUGGCAACAGAAAAAGUCUUAUGCGGAUGCAGUCAAAGGAAUGACAGCAGAAAACAAAGUGCAUGGAAUGAGAAGGGGACACUUCCACGGAGUGGAAGGAAGGGAUCAUACCAAAACUAACAGUGCAAAUGAGCAAAGAAGAUGGAGAUGGAAGCCUAAAAUACAACCACAAGCAUGGACAGGAAUGGAGCUCAAAGUUAACAAGGAAGAGUACCAGUGGCUGGAGAAAUGUUUUGUUGGGACUGUUCAUUCUAUAAGCUUGAUUCCAACUUUGCAGGAGAAAUUUUAUAUGGAAGGAGUCUUUUACUGCAAGAUCAGAGCAAUGGGAGGAAGGUUGGUGUUGUUAGAAGGAAAUGAAUAUGAAGACUUAAAGGAGCUGGUCGAAAAUGGCAAAGAUUGGUUAGGAAAUUGGUUCGAAGAAAUCAAACCAUGGUCACCAAACAUGGUGGCAAGGGAGAGGUUCGCAUGGAUUAGAUGCUUGGGAUUACCUCCACACGCAUGGAAGAUGGAUCCACACGCAUGGAAGAUGGACUUUUUCCAAUCACUCGGAAAUCUGUGGGGCACUUUUGUUUCGGUGGAUGAUAGCACAAGCAAGAAAAAACGCCUUGACGUUGCUCGAUUCCUCUUAUCAACGCCUGUAACGGAAUCCAUUUCAAAAUCUUUAUCAAUAAAGGUUAAUGGAAUCAUUUUUACAGUUAAGUUCUCUGAGGAGGAGUCCAGCAACGGGAUGCAUGUUAUGAAUACAGAUUUUAAGAUUAAAGAAGCUUACGAGGAAGGCGAGGAAUCUUCAACGGACGGAUUUGUCAGUACAGAUUUCAACAUGCCUGGAAUGGAAGCUGCAGAAAAUAGAGGAUUUGAAGAAGAUGAUGACGUGGAGAUUCAAUUAGGAGUGCAGGAGACAAAUCAGCAAGAGGCGGAGAGAAAUAUGGACACGGUGGCAUCAUCAGAGGGGGACACAUCAAUUGUUAAGAAGAAGGGUCAACCAAAUGGACAAGAAAGGAGUGUGUUAGGUUCUGGAGAAGUAGUAGAAGAUGAAGAUUUGGUGUCAGCGGGAACAGCCGAAAAGCAGCAGAGUUCAGGGAGCGCAACAGAGAGAGUAUCGAGAACAGCCACAGUUUCAAUAAUGGGGAAAGGAGAGAGAUAGGGGGGGAGAAAAUUUCAAAAAUAACAACGGACAAAAUUG